AUGGUGGUGGCGACGACUAUAGGUCUUUACGCGGCCCCGACACCGCAUCAGAUCAACGCUUGUGAUUUCGAUCUGAGCUCAAGGAGUUCGUCGGCUUCCCCUUCGACGCCGCAUAAACCGAUCGUCGGAGGUCUCUCUUCGCUUUUCUCCGGCGCAUCGGUCAAAUCUUCGACUUCCGUCGGAGUAGAGGACUUCUCGUCUUCCUUACGCCAUGAUCGGACCGAAGAUUUGAAAGAUCUGAGCUUGAGCAGCUCCUUUUGUUAUUCUCCGGCGAAAUUUGUGGGUUCUUCGUAUCUAAGACGAGACCAUCAAAGCCCAAUCUCUGUGCUUCACGGUCCACUCUCAUGUAGCUGUAGCCCUCCGAUGAGAAUCUCUCGCGAUCGGAAUCUCGGAGCUAACGGAUUGUUCAAUGGAUUCGUAAGGAAAGCUCUGGGUUCGUGUGUGGAUUACGAAUUGGAACCGUCUUCUUCGUCGGAUUCGAUUCUCGUCGAUGAGCUUACGUUUUCAAUGGAGGAUGGAUUUGGAGCAGAUACGAGACAGCCUUAUGCGAGGGAUUUGCUUAGACGAGCUCAAUUGAGGCACAAGAUCUUCAAAGAUGAAUUAGUGAUCAAAGCAUUUUACGAAGCAGAGAAAGCUCAUAGAGGACAGAUGAGAGCUAGUGGUGAUCCUUACUUGCAACAUUGUGUUGAGACUGCUAUGUUGUUGGCUAAUAUUGGAGCUAACUCAACUGUUGUUGUGGCUGGGCUUCUUCAUGAUACAAUGGACGAUUCAUUCAUGAGUUAUGAUUAUAUUCUCAGAAACUUUGGUGCUGGAGUUGCUGAUUUGGUCGAAGGGGUUUCAAAGCUUAGCCAAUUGAGCAAACUAGCUAGAGAGAACAAUACAGCGUGUAAAACAGUUGAAGCUGAUCGGUUACACACCAUGUUUCUUGCAAUGGCAGAUGCGAGAGCUGUUCUUAUCAAACUGGCUGAUCGUCUACACAACAUGAUGACGCUUUACGCACUGUCUCCAGUGAAGCAGCAGAGAUUUGCGAAAGAGACGCUUGAGAUAUUCGCACCUUUGGCUAAUCGAUUGGGAAUCUCUACCUGGAAAGUUCAGCUUGAAAAUCUUUGUUUCAAGCAUCUUUAUCCACAGCAGCAUAACGAGAUGUCAACCAUGCUCGAGGAUUCAUUCGAUGAAGCCAUGAUUACUUCCGCAAUAGAGAAGUUGGAGCAAGCUCUUAAAAGAGAAGGCAUUUCUUAUCAUGUUCUCUGUGGUCGGCACAAGAGCUUGUAUAGUAUUUACUGCAAAAUGUUGAAGAAAAAGCUAACAGUGGAUGAAAUUCAUGACAUUCAUGGGUUACGUUUGAUUGUUAACAACGAAGAAGAUUGUUACAAAGCCUUAGGAGUAGUUCAUAGUUUAUGGUCUGAAGUUCCCGGAAAGCUGAAGGAUUACAUAACUCAUCCCAAGUUCAAUGGGUAUCAGUCUUUGCACACGGUAGUGAUGGACAAUGGAACGGUUCCACUUGAAGUCCAAAUACGUACACAGGAGAUGCAUUUGCAAGCUGAAUUUGGGUUUGCAGCUCAUUGGAGGUACAAGGAAGGUGAUUGCAAAUACUCUUCGUUCGUGCUUCAAAUGGUUGAAUGGGCUCGAUGGGUUGUAACUUGGCAUUGCGAAACAAUGAGCAAAGACCGAUCUUCCAUCCGUUCUUCUGAUUCCAUCAAACCCCCUUGCAAGUUUCCGUCACACUCUGGGGACUGCCCGGCUUCUUACACGCCUAACAGUAGCCAGGAUGGACCAGUCUAUGUUAUUGUAAUCGAAAACGAUAAGAUGUCUGUGCAAGAAUUUCCAGCGAGCUCAACAGUCUCGGAUCUGCUGAGCCGGGCGGGGCCAGGGAGCUCAAGGUGGUCCAUGUAUGGCAUACCAGCAAAGGAAGAACUGAGGCCGAGGCUAAACCAGAGACCUGUAAGCGACCUCAAGUGGAAGCUGAAGAUGGGUGAUGUGGUGGAGCUGACUCCACCAAUUCCUGAUGAGUCUCUGCCUGAAUACAGAGAAGAGAUUCAACGGAUGUAUGAUCGAGGGCUCGCGUUUUCUCGCCCUGGGACCAUGGUCGGAUGGGGAAGCUGA